UUUCCGGGGAGGGAAACUGGCUGCCGGAGUGUCCGCGCUGCCCGGGCGCAGCAGCCGGCUCCGGCAAGGCGGGCACGGGGUGGUGCAAGCGGAGCUGCCGCGCACCAGCCGCUCCGCCGGCGGGACCCGCGUGUAGCCAGAGCGGGAGAAAGCAGCGAAGGGUUCGGUGAAGGUGGGGGCCGGCGGCAGGGCUGGUCCCCUGCGGCCUCUGCGCUGGCGGCAGCCUGAGCCGGGCUGGGGUGCAGCGCUGCUCGUACUUGGAACACCGCAGCAGUUCAACGCUGCUGCACUUCAGCCAGCCUUGGUGCCCGUCCCCGUGAUCGGAGGGCUCAAGAAGUUGCCCAAAACCAUAUCAAGAAGCCUGGGAAAGAAUUUAAUCCCUUGUGCAAAAGCCUGGGACUCUGCCGGGGUAGCUUGUUGCUCUAAUCCUCCGUUUGAUCCGAGCUCGUUUAUCCCGUAUGGUUGGCAGGCUGCGUAGGAGUCCUGGGGAGACGCUUACGCAGCACUUGUGAGUGCGGGUCUGUAUCUCAAUCCAAUAGAAAUUCAAGAAAUGCCUCACCUCUACAGAGCUUGUCACACAGCCUUCAGCACUCUUCCUGGAAAGGGUUCAAAUUCAUGUUUCUCUUCUCCUCAGCAUGACAAGCCCAGUCUGCAGGCAUAAAUUAGAGCGUUUCUUGCAGAAAGAAAAAUACUUAAAUGUGUUAAAUUGUCAUCGCAUUUCCACCCUUUUUUCCUUAUUUUGGAAGGCAAAAACCUCAUACCUAACUGCUAGGAGUCAGAGGGUCAGCCUGCUCUGGCAGGAAGGGAAGGCUCAGUGUGACUGGAGCCAGUGCCGGGGCAGAACUGGGCCCCGUUUGAGGGGCUGCCUGUGGAGGCUGGCAGCCGAAAGGAUCUGCAGGGCUGGGUGUUGGCCGUGUGGGUGGAUUGGCCUGUGAAUGAGCUUUCCUCUGUGUACAUGUGUAAGAGAGGAAAAGAAAAAUUCUAUUUUUUGGGGGAGAAAAGAGGUUUCACUUGGAGAUAGCUGACAAGGACAACAGCAGCUGGAGGAAGGCUGUGGUUUCAGUGCUGCUGUAAACCUUGCUGGGCUGAGCAGGAGGGACCCAGCAGGCAGCACAGAAUUUGUGACCUGAGUGGUAAAUGGAGAUCUGCGGAACAGGUGCUUGGCUUAAAAAAUGUACUUUUAAUGUCAUUUUAAUAAACUUUUGUGAAAUAAGCCUCUUCUAAAGGGUUUUCGUGUGCGGAGAUCUCCCCAGAGUCCCUAUUGUGUUAAAUGUCUGGCAGUGCAGAGGUGUUGCGGUGCUUCUGACGCCAGCAGGGGAGCCCCGUGGAUGAGGGAUUCUCUGACAGGAGAAAUUGAAACAGCUUGCUAACUACUACUCUUGGGGUUGAUGCAAGGGAUCUGCAACAGUCACUGCGGGUGAGUGGCUUGGAUCCAGCGAAGCUUCUAAGUUCUGGGAUGAUAAAUGACACGUGUUUCUGGUGCUCAGUUGUUAUUGCUGGCCUAACCUAUAAUCAGUUCCACACGGCUUUGCAGCUUUAAUGCUGUUCUUCAUCUUAGCCUUUUGCUCUUCCUAAUGGUCUCGGGAAAAGUACUGGAUCGUGUUUUGCUCUUCGCUAAACAGAUGUGAGUUUCUCUACUUGAACCCCUGACUGUAGAGAAAACUGGGAAAGGGGACUUCUCUCCUGCAGAUGACAGACGUAUCACGUUCUGAGGUGGUGUUUGAUUGUGUUCUGGAGGAGCUUCUAAUUCACUUGCUGUGAAUGCUCUGUGGCACAUGCUGGCUCUGCACCAGAGGGUUAAGUGUCAUUUAAGAAGAACCUGCUAUUUUGAAGAGACCUGUAUUAAGAGAGGCAAAAUAGCAAGGGGGAGGAGAGGGGAAAGGGCAGGUGGAGCAGCAGAUUGUGAGUGUUUCUCUGAGCUGGGUGUCUUUGUUUUCUUUCGUGUAAUCUGGGUUACAAACCGUGUCCUUACAAAGGCUGCAGGGACACGAGCAGGAGCAGAACCUCCCCACCAGCCCGUGGCUGUGACUUUCUUUCGAGAAAGAGUUAUGAGCUGCAGAUGACCGAGCAAAAUUAUGAGCUUGUGUACAGCGUGCAGUCUGAGUGUAUUUGGAAAGGAAAAUCUCAUGGGGGGGAAAUCUUACGUGUUAUUUUUUCUUGGCUGGCCCCAGACGUAAAUGGGACUGCAGAAAAGGGAAGAGGUGACCCAGUAAUCUCUUAAUGUUGCAGCAGGUGACUGGCUGGUGAGUUUGCUGCAGUGCUGUGCUGCCCAUGGGAUCAAAACUGAACAGUCUGCUCGUGGAAGGCAGUCAUGAAGGAAACAUUGCCUCAUGUUCAGAGCAAAACUUGGAAGCUGUUUUGUCAUCACGAAUUCCAGCUUGGGGCUUCAACAAUUUCUGGCUGACAGGAAGGAAACCUGUAAGGUGCUUAAAACAAACAAACAAAAGAACCAAAACAGCCAAAUGCUGUGUUUGGGUUCCUAAAAUGGCCAAUCAGAAUGGGAUUUUAUCUUUCUGUGAAGGAUAUAAAUGUGUUGAACAUCAAAUCUAAGUUACAAGCUAUUGCUAGAAUUUUUCCAGGAAGAACUGAUGUCUGGUGAGAUUACAAAUGCUGUGGUUUGGUAUUUUAUGGGUGGAAAAUGAGUUAAACCUUCCAUCACACUGAUUAAUUAAAUGGAUACUGUUACCAGUUUUCAUACCUCUGACUGUAUGCUGUUCUCUGUGCUUGUCAGGCAGUUCUAGGUGGCUGGUAGUGAUAGUUUGUCUCUUGGAUUUAGCUGUGACUCGGCACUAACCUCCUGCUGCACAAGUUUCAUUGCUUCGGUUCAGAUCAGAUCUAUAAAUCUGCGCUGUAGCUUCAGAAGAGGAAAGUCAGUCCCCCAUGAAGGUGAAGAGGGAGAAGGGCGUCUGAAUACGGAUGAAUGAGCUGCGAUGGAUAACAAAGACUCAGAAGCUGAGAUCCACCCUCUGAAGACUGAGGACGCGAAAGCUCAGGAGAACCAUGAAAACUCUGUGGAGAGAAGAAUUAUCAUCAAGCAGUCAUCGCGACUGUCUCGGCUGUCCCGCUGGCGCACUGCUGCCUUCUUCAUCUCGUUAUUUCUGUGUUUGAUAAUUGUGUUUGCUUUCUCGUUUAUCAUUCCUUGCCCAGAAAGGCCAGUUUCAGAAAGAACAUGGUUCCGAAACUACGACAGUGCAGUGGCCUACCAGUUUCUCGCUAUAGAAGAUGUGAAUGAAGACAAAGUGCAAGAUGUCCUCUUUGCUUUCAAAGCUAGCAACAGCAGCAGCAGCUUCAACAGAUCCUGUCUGGAUGAAGGUCUGCCUUCUCCAUGUGCCUUUGUUGCUGCUGUGUCUGGCACGAACGGCAGAGCGCUCUGGGAGAGGCCUGCUGCCGAGGAGAUUGAGUGGAUGGAGUGUGACAUCAAGCAGCUCGGGGAGGCGGAGGUCCCAGGCUGCCUGGUCAUGGGGAAGCCGGUGUCUCUUACGACAGUCGCCCUGCGGACAGGGGAAGUUCUGUGGAGACAGUCCAGUGACUUUGGAGCUAAUUAUACCGUGCUGACUCCUGUGGCCGUGAUUCCAGAUGUGGAUAGUGACGGAGUUCAGGACCUGAUAAUCUUUAUUGCUACAGGAGAUAAGAUUAAGACCUUCAUCCAUUCAGGAAAAGAUGGCAGACAGAUCGGCUCCGCCGGAAGCCUGAACGUGGAUGGGAAAGCUCGCUAUGUCAGGCUGAACCUGGACUCCUCCUCUUACUUCCUUUUCUAUACAGAAAACUCUCUCUAUGCAUAUUCCCUGAAAGAUCUCUACAGUGCAGCAACUGGGAUGGAAAUUAAGCUUCCCAGCCUUGGGCAAGAUUCUCAGUGGGAGAAGAACAUUGACCACACCACGCACCGAUUAUCCCUUCUCAGCUCUGGAGACAUUCGUUACCUGGCAAAAAUUCCUGGGCGAUCACGAGAGAACAUCUUGGUUGUGAAGUCAGAGAUGGCUACGCUGAUCAAUGCACAAAACCUUCAGACUUUGUGGACCCUCAACACCUCUCGUGUUGUGAGUGAACCACUGCUUGGUUACUACAAACCUGACGUUCUUGGUAUUGUCCUUGAGACUGAAAUUGGACCCAACAUGAAGAAGGUUAUGAUUGUUGAGAGUGGAUCUGGAGCAGUCCAGUGGGACCUGAAACUGAACUCGAGAGCAGAGAGCCCUGGGCCUGCCACACUUUCUACUGCUGAUCACCGGUCUGCCUUCCUCCUCUGGGGUGACUACCAGGUGCCAGGAAACGAAACGAGAUCCAGAGCUCCUCUCCAGAAGCUGUAUCUUUUCCAUCCUUCCUACACUAAUGUCCUGUUGGAGCUCCGCAACAGCACAGACCAAAUAAUUGCCUUCAAUGCCACGCUGUUUGAGCGGAGCCGUCACGCCUGCUACGUGCUGCUGAGGGGGCCUCGGCCCAGCGAGGAGGCAGGGCCGGUGUCCCUGAUGAAGCGUAAGCUGAAGGAGGAUGUCUCAGAGAGCAGGGUGGUCUGGCUGAGCCGGGGGGCUGCGGACAGCGAGCAGUACAUCCGCGAUCGCCUCUACAGGAUGCGCUUCCAGAGCCGGGCGUGAGCUUGCCGAGGGAGAGGGAGAGGCUGCCCUGGGCCAGGCGCCUCCGAGCGGCCUCUCUGCAGCCGUGCCCUUAGCAAGCCCAGAUCACGGAUCCAAGUGGGAAGCUGCCUCUCUCGAUCCGCAAAGCAAAGCGUGGCUGGCAGGGAAGCACCUCCCGUGUCUGGGGAUGCCCAGGCUGCAGGGGCAGCAGCCAGUGCAUCUGUCCUCGGAGCUGAUGGGACUUCAGUGCUCGGCCAGCACUGAAGUGUCGUCAGCUCGGGGGAAGAGGGCUUUCCCCUGGAUCCUUCCGAGUCCACAGAACUGUGCUGACUCAGCCUGUGUCUGGAGGAAAACACAUGCUUGCUGGGGAUGCCGGAGUCGAUUAUUUCUUGGGUGCUUGCGUGAGACGUGGAGCUUUGAUGUGUGGUGUUAGGUUUCCUUUCUGAGUCAGCUCUCCUGGCUGUGGGAGAGGUGCCUGACUGCAGGUUGAUUUGCAGUCACCCUCUCCUGGAUUUGGGCCCCUGCUUUGGUAGUCGUGGGGGGUGUGUGGUGCUAGACCCCAGCCAUGGCUGAUGUCUAGCUAGGUGUCGCCUGGGCCAGCAAAAACACAGGUUAAAGUGUCAUUCUACUUAGAAAAUGGCCUUUUCUCCUAAGAACAGCCCCACGUGCCCCACUCUGCAGUCACAAGCCUACCUGUGUCUGUCUCCCCUGCUUCUUCCUUCCCAGCCAGGCUGUGCAGCGUUGGUGGCACAGAAAGGGAGCUGGUCUCCCACAUGCAUCAGGGUUCCUCCCUGUCCCCAAUCUGGUUAUAAGGGAUACGAAAACUACCCUGAGCCCAGGCUGGCUGGUCCCUGCCAGUACAGACACCACCUCUCCUGCUGGUUUUGAGGUGCCAGAGGAUCUAGGACAUUCUUUCAGAGUAGAAUUGCACUUUAACCUUUCCUGGAAGCUGGGCUUGCUGCUCGGGGGAGCCCUGUGGCAGUGCCAGCUGCCCUGCAGAUACUCGUUCAGCCUUGCAGCUGCUGAGAAGCCUUCUCCAAGCACCGUCCCCUCUGCCAGGAGGUGGGCAGGCUGUAGGACAGGCGUGAGCCACGCAGGGAAACAACACAAGCUCUCUUUGCAGCACAGCUCCAGCGAGAGCCCCGUGCUGCCUCCCUGCCAUCCCUUGGGAUCGCAGCGAUGUUGGGUGAGGAUCUGCAGGGGCUGUUCUCUCUGCCCAGCCUGGUAGCGCGAGGGAUCGGGGCAGGUUGCUGCAGGAAGACGACGUCUCCCCUGGAGACUUCUGUGGCGUGGUGUGUUUGUUCUGCCCUGCUUCUUGGUGGGCACCGGUGCAGACUGUAGAAACGAGGUGCAGAGCCUGGGAAACGGGUUGAAUAUUGUGCUUAGUCCUGAAAGCUGCAGUCCCCACGCCGGCCACUCAGACACGAGCCCUGUGCGUACGCUGCCGGGCGUCCAUCUGACUGGUGAGAGGAAGAUGGGCAGAAAACACCCUAAAAAUAACCUCCAUCAAGUUUUGUGGUGCUGGAGAGGGUUUGGCCGAUGCCUCCCUCCUUUGCCUAGUCUCAGAUCAGGGGGUGUGUAAAAAUAACGUAGGAUGAGAACCUUACACCAGGUUGUGUAGGGUCAGGCAUCGGUUCUUGUGGCAACUGCUGAGCUUUAACCUGCUGCAGGGCAGCUGCUGGCUCAAGCAGCUGGAGUCAGGCAGGCUUGUGCGCACAGCUUCAGCUCGCCCACUCUCACAGCAAAAUGAGGCGCAGCAUCAGCAGUCUGCCUGCACGCUUGCCCCCCGCUUCCAGCUGGCCGUGAGUUGCCCCGUGACCUGUAGCUGGGGCAGUCGGGGGAGCCGUGUAGGGUGAGUGCUGCUGGCCUCUGCAGAGCUGAGCUGCAGAGGGGGGCAUCCAGGCAGCGCAGGAAGCUGGGAAUUCUCCCAGGAGAGCACUCCAGCACCCCCAAAGCACCCUGCACUCAAAAUGGUGGGGUUACCCCUCUGUUCCUCUCUCUCCGGGCUGUUUCCUGAGGGACUGGGGGGGUGCAGGGAGGCUCCCCUGCUGUGUCCCCCUAGCUUAAGUCACCUCAGCGUGGUGAAGACCUGAAGCCCCACGAGCCCCCGUGCUAGUCUCACUGAGUGUUGGAUGUGGAUUGUAUCCCACUGAAAUUUCCCUGGCAGGGAGCGAGGUGCCCGGGCUGUAUCUCGCUGCUGUCACGCUGUCUCAGCACUCCUCCUCCUCCGAUCCCUACCCAGGCCUGACCUUUCCCACAGGCACACUGAAUGUUCUUUCAGGAGAGCUGGAUUUUUGGCUUUGGGGGGCUUUUCUGGCUUUAAGUUGUCCAUUAACGUUUCCAGAUACUUUGGAAACACAGAUUUUUCCCUGUGGCAGCUCAACUAAAUGCAUCAGUGCCAAACCAGCACCUUCUUAACAAACCAAGUAAUUUUUCCAGCUUAUUUCUCUGUGUAAUUGGUUUUUUUUGCAGUAUUUAAUGAAUGACUUUGUGCCUUGAUUCAAUAACUCAGAUGGGUGAUGAUGGCAUAUAUCACUGUGUUAUGUAUUAGUGUGUUUUUUAACACUAAGACUGUUUGGUUUGGUUCUUUAACUUAUUGCAAAUUGUGCCCUCUAGGACUUGGUCUAACCGGAAUGGUUUCAAUAAAUCCUCUUUUGCAUUGUUUGUAAA